AUGAAUGCUGACUUUAAGAACGCCUUCGAAGCUCUUCAUAGUAAGGUGAAACUAGUGAACGACUUCUCAUCUGGAAAGAAACUGAAGUCUGAAGGUUUCGACAACGAGUUAAGAGAAGUAGCACAAAAUAUGACGAAAAUAACAGAUGCAGCAACGAGACAGGCAGUUCAAAGUGCCUAUGACGCCGUUAGAGCAACUGUUGUGGAAAGUCAAGAAAAAGAGUUACAACAGACCAAAACAGACCUAGUAAAUGCUUUCUUAAAAACGAAAGGUCAGGUAGGACAUUAUGCUGCAGAUGGAACAUAUGUGCCAGCUGGUGGAACUUAUAUACCACCAAACCCUCCAAGAGAAGCACCUGCACCAGGACUACCUAAAACAUUUACAUCGUCACAUGGACACAGACACAGGCAUGCACCAAAACCAACACAACAACCAACAGUUCAAAACCCUGCACAACAACCAACAGUUCAAAACACUGCACCACAACCAACAGUUCAAAAUCCAGCACCACAACCAACAGUUCAAAAUCCAGCACCACAACCACAAACAGAGCAAGGACAUAAAAGAAGUAGAGAACAAGGAAACCAAGAAUUCUUAAAAAUGCUUAAGGAAAAUUAUGGUUACCCAGAUACUCUUGACUUUAGUGACAGAUAUAAAGAAGCUAUUAGAAAGUUCAAGGAAGGAAAUACUGACCCGAACCUAUUUAGCUUUAUGGUUCAGCACCAAAUGGGAUAUAAUUUCAAACCUGGAAAAUACAAGCUCGCUAAGGGAUAUGAUUUAAUAGCAUAUCAUCCAAAUGACAUGGAUGAAUUUACUCCGAGAUAUUUGGU